AAAAGCAACCGCAAUGAGUCAUAAGCAACGGCGAACUCGUACAAAUUUUACCACAGAACAACUAAACAAUCUGGAAAAACUCUUUGAUGAGACUCAUUAUCCCGACGCUUUUAUGAGAGAAGCAUUAAGCCUGCGCCUUGGAUUAAAUGAAGCAAAAGUACAAGAAACUAACGGUAAAAGACAGAAGAUCACAAAAAAGAAAUUCUUGGUGAAAGCAGUUAACAUUUUAGAUAAAUCCGAGAGCAAUUCAAAAUGAGACGAAGCGAGCAUUUGUUGAGAAGAAGGAACUUACUUGGUCAAUUGGAAAACCUCAACAUAACAUCUUUUAUAAAUACUGAAAAUCAACCACGACAUUUAUUGCAUCGGAACUAUCAGCUUUAUAACUGUUCACCGUCUACUUCUCAAUAUUCAUCGCAUUCAGCUGUACCAGUACAAAUAACUAAGAACUACUUCAUGAAGUCGGCCUUUCCAACAUCUAUUCGACAGGCCAGGGUUCCAAAAUUUUACGGAGUAAUUCCGUUUACAAUUUGAUUAUUUGGCUGCCCAACUUCGUAGGAUGCAAACACUUGAGCUUAAAUUUUAAAUAUUUCACUUACACUCUCGUUAUGUCCUAUAUAUGUAUAUAUAAGUGAAAACACGGUUAAUUUUGAUCAAAAGGAUUAGUUUAUUUUAAUCAUAAAGCUGACAAUCAUUAAUAAGUUAAUAAGA